CUGCAUUCUCAAAUAUUAAGACGACAAGACAUUACAAUUAGGAGCUAACGGACGAGAUAUCAGAGACAAUAUCAAGAUGGCAACCUACGUCGUUCUGCUCGCACUGAUAGCGAUCUACUUUCGUGAGGUCAUUUUCAGUUUUUGCAUUCUAAACCUGGUUUCCCGUCAAAUCCCGAGAAUAUUUUGCGAAAAUAGUCUCACGCUAUCCACAACAAUAACUAUAGACGACUUGAGAACCACUAUAAAUGAAACUGAAGAAUCCCUGAGGCAAUAUAAACUUUGUCAACGGACUUAUGGCCUUUAUCAGGAUGAUUGGGAGAGCGAGAGGCUGAAGGCAAUGGAAUACAUCAAUGUUACGGUUCAAAAUUUGACAGCUGAACUUGCUGCAACUGACAACGGACAGGUGCAGCACUGCAUUUCAUUGUUAAAUACGGAAAACCAAAAAAUCCUGAAUGAACACCUGAAUCGGGUGAAUGAAUGCUACAAGAUCAUCAAUGGUCGGCAUUUUUUUUCUAUACAAAAAAUUAAGGAACGUCACAUUGCCAGACUUCUGACGAAAGGAGAUCGAUUGCUAGCGACACUUGAUGGUAUCCCCAAAGAGUGCUACCGAAGAAAGCUCAACGAGUCCUGCAUUAAAAGAAAAACAGCCUAUUCGAACAUUGCAACUAGGGUUUGGCAGGACGAUGUAGGUAAAGUCAUGAACACGACGAAAAGUACCCGACUGGUAGAUCGCAUUAGAGCGUGCACAGAAUUAUCCUUCAAUAGAUUGGGAAAAGCCGUGUCUUGUAUGAAGAGUACUGUAUCCAGGUGUCACAACGAUUCGCCUGUGACACCAGGACCUGAGGAGACAAUGUAAUCCACCAAAAGCCAUCAUCAGUGUAGUAAAAAUUUAUUCUAAUGAAGCUAAUGUAGAAACAAAUGACUGAGAUAGUAUAGGAUCGAAGGAAAAGGGAACCAUAUGAUUGAAUAUCUCCAGCUGAGCCAGAAUCAGAAUAUUAUAUUCAUAUUUCUAUGGUCUUCAUUUCCUUUCAAUGAAGAUUAUUGUAUGUAGUUUUUGAUUGUAUAUAUUCAUCUAAUCAUAUAGGAAUAAGUUCUUGCUUUGUAUCAUGUAUUCAUAAGAGGAUUUUUUAUAAUCACGAUGGGAUAGCAGUGUCCUGUACCAGGGAAACCACAAACAGGGAUAACACGCAUUUUAUUCGCGGUGAGAUCAUCAAUAACUCAGAUUUUCAUAUCGAUUCACGAAUUUUUACACUUUUUCAAAAGAACCAGGUGAAAUUUAUACGGAGUUUUGGUUUUCGUAGUCCAUAAACAAAUUGAACAAUUGAUUAUGUAGAUUGUAAACUGAUAAUAAGGGACAAAUACAUGGUAUGACAGUCA